GUUGAUGCACAUAAUCCGUUGUGCCGGUGUGCCUCAUAGUUCAAGUAAUGUUUAGUUGGAUUGGCGUUGUCGUUGUGGUGAUCCAAAAAUCCUUAGUGAAUUCAUCUCCUUCGUCCGAUAUACUGUGAUUUGCUCUGACAUUUCCGUUGUGUUGGUUUGCGCAUCAUUUUUGCUUGUGCUGCUAUACGAGUGCUAAUUUAGCGACAUUCUUGACCGAGCUGCUGUUUUGCAUUGCAAUAGAAAGACAGCUCACCUUCUUGGACAAAAUCGACAUUUUAUUGUUUAAACACUCCAAAACAAAAGAAUCAGUUACAUUUUUUCUGUACACUUUUUUGAGUUCAUGUCCACAACAAAUAUGUUUCUCUUAAUCUGAACCUUCAUAUAUUUUACAUUAAAUUUCCCACACCUAAAAUCCAAACCAUUUAACCAAUUUAAUUUCAGAACCGGAUUCAAAUCCGAAUUAGGAUCCAAAAUUGGAAAACCCUAACUUGAACCAGUUUACAGUUUCACACUACACACGCGCAAAUCCAGUCGUCUUCUCCUUCAACCGUGUAGUCUCCGCCGCAGGCAGCACCGGAGCAGGCAAGUGGCACCGGCACGGCGGCACCGUGUUGUCUCCUUCAACCGGCCUCACCUCUGUUUCAGUGUUUCUCUUCUUCUGCCUUUGGUCUUCUCCUUCUCGUUCGCCGUCGUCGACUCGCCGUCACAGGUGUGGGCUUCCGGUUCUUUUUCUUUCCAUUCGCCUUUGCUCGUGCUUCUUGCCUCUGGGUCACAAGAUUUUGUUUUUCCACCCAGGAGCACAACAAAGUUCGUGAAACUGGAAGUAACCAUGAAUUUUCACUGAACCAGAACAAGCAGUUGCAGCACAAGCAGAACAAACAGUAGCCCUUGUUUCUCUUCUUUCCACAGAGUUCCGACGCAGUUCCAGCACGCCGGCGCUGCCUGUAGCAGCGUCCUCCAUCCACCGCCGCUGCAACACCCCUGUCUCCUUUCUUUUUGUCCUGUUCUAAUUCUCUGCUCCCAGAGAUAUUGUUGAGAUAUUGCUGCUGGGAUUCUUGUGUUUGAAUUGCAUUUUGAUUAAUUGAACUCCUCCACUUUGUUGUUGUUGACUUGUUGUUGUUGCUGCCAAGUUCGCCUCCAUCUAAGAAUCUCACCAAUAAUUGAACUUCCACUCAUCACCACACUAAACCCAGCAAAUGUUGCAAGAAUUAUUGACAGAAUUGCUCUCUUGGUAACCUGAAAUUGACCAUUCUAAUCUACUCAAGCCAGUUUUCUACUGCUACAAACUCUCAGAUUUUUUUCAUCUGAUUUUUUAUCAGAUUCUAUUCCCAUUCUCUUUUAUAUCUUUUUAUACCUUAUAAAAAAAUGGGAAGCAUUAAGGGGUGUUUCAAUUUCUAAUUUUCUGUGUAACCUUUAUCAUGUUCUCUUAGCAUAUUGAAUGGGGUUUAGCUGAGUUUCAAUCCAUUUUAGUUUCUGGGUACUCAAUAUGCUAUUGUAAAGAUUGUAGUAUGUUUCUUUGGCUGUUGUUAAGCGGGUGCAAGAGGCUGCUUGUUCAGCUUUUGCAACACUUGAAGAGGUUCUGACUACAAUAUCUGUUUGUUUUCGCUUAAUGAAUCAUAUUCAGUUAUCCAAUUUACUUAAUUUUAUGUAUGGCCCACAUUUGGUUUACUUCAAACAGGAGGCUGCAGAAGAGUUGGCACCACGAUUAGAAAUUAUAUUGAAACACCUGAUGCUAGCGUUUGAGAAAUAUUAGGCUCUGCUCUGCGUCCGCCGAAGCUCUGCUCUCUCGCUGGCAGCUUGCUUUGCAACGGUGCAAUGCGGCAACGACCCCAAGUUGGAAACGUCCCUGACUGUUUUUGGGUUUCUGCUUCUGCUGUAGAAGGAGGAGGUUUGCGAGAACUAUUGAUGCCGAGGGCGUUGCCAUUCUAAAGCGCCGCCAAUAACUCAACCAGGGAGCCGCUCUCAGUUAUCAUCAUCACUUCCCAAUUUCAAAAGUCAUCGGAGAAGUUUCUGUCACCUUGAAGUGCAAUAUUCAGUUAAAUUGCUCAGUGGCAGUGCGUGCCAUCCCUCUUCAUGGCCUUCAUCAAACAAAGGGUUAGCUUAUACAGCUCUCUUUCCCCACUAUCACUCUGCACUUCCAAACUCUAUUCUUCUUCUUCCGAAGCUUUGAUUUCAAAAGCUCAUGACACAGACGAAACCACAGAAACUGCCCAAACCACUAACCUGUCACCCCAAGAGACCCUUAUAGCAGAAAAAUUUCACUCUCUCAUUAAAGACCACUACCGCAAAAACCCUAAUCCCAACGCCACCCCACCCACCCCCAAUCUCACCAUACCCGAUCUCAACAUCAGUUUUUCCAAAAUCUCCGCCACAGAAACUUUUUCCCCCGCCGUCGCCCGCAAGGUUAUCGAGAAAUGCGGGGGUGUCCGCCAUGGCAUCCCCUUGCUCCAGUCUCUCGCAUUCUUCAACUGGGCCACCUCCCGCGAGGGCUUCCCUUCGUCCCCUGAGCCCUACAACGAAAUGAUCGACCUUGCCGGAAAGCUGAGGCAUUUCGAUUUGGCAUGGCAUUUGAUCAAUUUGAUGAAAGUUCGCAGAGUCAAAAUAACCAUCGACACGUUUUCUGUCCUUGUCCGACGAUACGUGAGGGCCGGAUUGGCUGCGGAGGCGGUUCACGCCUUUAACCGCAUGGAAGACUUUGGUUGCUUCCCUGAUAUUGUUGCAUUUUCAAUUGUGAUUAGUAGCUUAUGCAGGAAGAGAAGAGCAAUUGAAGCUCAAUCAUUUUUUGAUAGUCUUAAGGAUAGGUUUGAGCCUGAUGUUAUAGUGUACACUAGUUUAGUUCAUGGUUGGUGCAGGGCUGGGAAUAUAGCGAAAGCCGAGGAGGUUUUCAGGGAUAUGAAACUGGCUGGAAUCAAGCCUAACACAUACACUUACAGCAUUGUGAUUGACUCACUGUGCCGGUGUGGUCAGAUUUCUCGUGCUCAUGAUGUUUUCUCAGAGAUGAUUGAUGCCGGCUGCGAUCCUAAUGCAGUUACUUUCAAUAGUCUCAUGCGAGUUCAUGUGAAGGCUGGAAGGACUGAAAAGGUCUUGCAAGUUUACAAUCAGAUGAAGAGGCUGGAUUGUCCUGCUGAUACGAUUACUUAUAAUUUCCUAAUUGAGAGUCAUUGCAGGGAUGAGAAUCUUGAAGAAGCUGUGAAGGUUCUCAACUCAAUGGUUAAGAAAGGGGUUUCUCCUAACGCGUCAAGUUUCAAUUCAAUUUUUGGAUGCAUAGCUCAGUUACAUGAUGUUAAUGCUGCUCAUAGGAUGUAUGCUAGAAUGAAGGAGCUGAAGUGCCAGGCUAAUACAUUAACUUACAAUAUAUUGAUGAGAAUGUUCGCGGACUCAAAAUCAAUUGAUAUGGUUUUGAAAUUGAAGAAGGAGAUGGAUGAGAAUCAAGUUGAGCCCAAUGUGAAUACUUAUCGAAUUUUGAUUUCAAUGUAUUGUGAAAAGGGGCACUGGAACAAUUGCUACAAGUUUAUGAAGGAGAUGGUUGAAGAAAAAGGACUAAAACCUAAUCAAUCUGUUUAUGAAAUGGUUCUAGAGCUGUUGAGGAAAGCAGGGCAGCUUAAACUGCAUGAGGAUUUGGUGGAAAAGAUGGUUGCCAUGGGAUUUGUCUCUCGCCCUUUGUAGAAGUAGCUUCACUUGUCACAUCUUAGUUUAUAUUAAACUAUAAACUACUUGUAUUACCUGCUUAACUCAUAGUUUAGUUGGUUAAGAAAUAGUUGGAGAGUUCUUUAUUUUAUUUUAUUUUAUUUUAUUUUAUUUUAAAUUCAUAGGCAUCAUCUAUAAUUUCUUUGAUUUAUGGCCGAAGUUUUGUAGUACUUGAAUAACUAGGUGGAAACGUUGUUUGAAGCUAGGCAUUUAGCAUGUAAGGCUGUGUUUGUUUAUAGGGAUGGAACACUGAGACAUGAAUAUAAAGACACAAAAUCGUAUUUGAUUGAUAAGAUAUGGAUCAACAUUGUGUCUAGAGAUACUAAAUUAAUGUAUUUUGUAUUCAUUCUAACAAAAAAGACACAGAGAUACUAAUAAAUAAUAUAAUUUAUUUUUUAUUUUUU